AUUUAACAGUAAGUAUCGAUCUAUUCUUCAAACAAAUCAAUUCGUGAAUACUGAACUCGUACCAAUUACCUCGUUGAGAGUUUGUGUUAAUUUGAUGGAUCUAGCAAAGAAUGACCAGCCAGGGAGUGGCCGACCGAGUGGGGGCAAGCAAACAAUUAUUGUCAAAACUCCCAAAAAAACAGUGAGAGAGAUAAGAAUGGAACCCAAGAGGAUGUGCCUUUACAUCUCCAUAGCUGUUGUACUAAUUGUGCUCAGCACAAAUAUUCAAACAGCUGAUUGUUCAGAGAUCAAAAAAGGAAGCUCUUGGUGCAAUGGAACCAUCACAGACUGCAUUGAAGAAGACGACCAAGAGUUCCUAAUGGAGUCUGAAGUGAGCAGAAGGAUUCUUCAAACCACCAACAAACUCACUGUCAAAUCUCUCAAGCCAGGAUCAGCUGUAUGUGAUCCAGAUCGGUAUGGCAAUUGCAUAGUUCAGAUCAACCAAUACAAUAGACCUUGUACAUCGAAAAUCGAUGCAAACGCGGUCCCCAGCCAUGAUCAUAACGAAGGAGAGAUACCUGUGCUGUAA